UGCCUGAAACACUAUUGUAAACACCAGCUCCACAGGGCCUCCAUUAACAGGAUUUUAUACAGUGUAACAAAACUUUCUUAUUGAAAAGGUACAGAGUGAACUGAAAGCUGGUCAAUGUGGUUCAAAGAUCCUUGGAACUGAAGCUGGGGCAUUCAAUGCAGGAAACAGACUGCAGGGAGAAAGAAAAGAUGCAGAAUCUGUGUGUUACAAAUGGGAGAACAGAGCAGUGCUGUGGGGAGCACAGACGGAGACUGGAGUUGUUCUGCCAGGAGGAUGAGAUGUUUAUUUGUGUCCUGUGCGUUCCCAGACAUUCCAGUCACAGUUUUGUGUUCCUGCAUGAGGCAGUCAGUGCGUAUAAGGACAAGCUGAACGCAUCUUCAUCAUCUCUGGAACUAAAAGUCAAAGAUCUUAAAGAUGUACAAACCAAGAAUGAGACAGAAUUCCUGGAGGUACAAGAACAUGCUAUUAAUUUGGAAAAAUACAUUGCAGAAGAGUUUGUAGAACUGCACCAGUUUCUCUAUGACAAGGAACAAAAACUCAUUCAACAACUUAACAGCAAAGCAUCAGAAAUUCUGAAAGAGGUAGAAGAAAAUCCUGAAUUAAUUAAAACUGAUGUUACAGAAAUCCACUCAGCAGUCUCUGAUACUAACUUGGAAAUCAAAACAGAAGUAGAGGUUCUGGAGGAGAGAAAUGAUGACACAGACUAUCUGACAACCACUGAGGAAUCCGUGUCAGGUGACACCUCAGAACAAGGAAAACCUAAAGCUAAUGGAGUUCUAUCAGCUCCAGAAUCCUUUGAGGAUGUUGCUGUUACUUUCUCAGCAGAGGAGAUGAAGAUGUUAACAAAACAAGACAAGGAGCUUCAUAAGGAAGUGAUGUUAGAGAACUAUGAAACCUUAGUUUCAGCAGGUUACAAGAUCCCCCCAGAGGCAUUGUUAGUGCUACUUAAAGAAGAUAAUGCUGAACUGCAAGUGAAUGACGAGGGGGUAAACAGAACAGAACAAAAGAUUAAUUUUAAAGAAAAGCCUGACAGCAAUGGGAGCAGAGAAUGGAGCAUGUGCAGGCGUCAGCAGCCAUCACUAGGAGUAUCUGUUUCACGUUAUCCUACAGCUAACCUACAGCACUCGGUUCAAACUCUGAAGGGCUCCGAUAGGCAUCCUGUUAUACCUGUAGCACAGCUUCAUCCAGAGUACACCUGCAACAUGAACUCUGAAUGUACGAAAAGUUCUACAGUACAGCACAGUCCAUUAGUACAUCAGAGAGCUCAGAAAGAAAAGAAACUAUAUAAAUGUCCUGAAUGUAAUAAAUGUUUCAGACAAAGGGGUGAUAUAGUAAAACACGAAAGGAUUCACACGGGGGAGAGACCAUAUAAAUGUGCUGAAUGCAGUAAGGGUUUCACAACAACUAGUAACCUUAGAGCUCAUAUGUUAGUUCACAAAGGGGAAAAACUAUAUAAAUGUCCUGAAUGCAGUAAGUGCUUUGUACGAAGAAGUUAUUUAGUAAAGCAUCAAAAGACUCACCUGGAGGAGAAACCAUAUAAAUGUGCUGAAUGUAGUAAGACCUUCAUGGUACCAAGUAGCCUUAGAAAGCAUCAGGUUGUUCACACAGGCGAGAAACCAUAUAAAUGUGGGGAAUGCGGUAAAUGUUACACUGAACAUAAUAGUCUCAUAUACCAUAAAAAGAUACACACGGGGGAGAAACCAUAUAAAUGCACAAUAUGCAAUAAGUGUUUUAUAAUCAAAAGUGUUCUGAUGCGUCACCAAUCCAUUCAUACAGGGGAAAAACGACAUAAAUGUACAGAAUGCAGUAAGUGUUUCACACAACAGAUUCAACUUAGAAGUCAUCAACGAGUUCACACAGGAGAUAGGCCAUAUAAAUGUCUUGACUGCAGUAAAUGUUUCAAACAAAGGAGUGAUUUAGUAAAACAUAAAAGAACUCACAGUGGGGAGAGACCAUAUAAAUGUGCUGAAUGCGGUAAGAGAUUUACAACAAAUAGUAUCCUUCGAGUUCAUCUUUCAGUUCACAAACUAGAGAAACCACAUAAAUGUCCUGAAUGCAAUAAGUGCUUCAGACAAAGGGGGGAUUUAGUAAAACAUGAAAGGACUCACAUGCCAGAGAAACCAUAUAAAUGUGCUGAAUGCAAUAAGGGUUUCACAACAACUAGUACCCUUAGGAUUCAUCUGUCAGUUCAUAGUGGGGCGAGACCAUAUAAAUGUCCUGAAUGCAAUAAGUGUUUCAGACAAAGGAGUGAACUAGUAAUACAUGAAAGGACUCACACGGGGGAGAGACCACAUAAAUGUGCUGAGUGCAGUAAGGGUUUCACAACAACUAGUAACCUUAGAAGCCAUCUGUUAGUUCACAAAGGGGAGAAACCAUAUAAAUGUUUUGAAUGUAAUAAGUGCUUUGUACAAAAGAGUAAUUUAGUAAAACAUCAAAAGACUCACCUGGAGGAGAAACCAUAUAAAUGUGCUGAAUGUGGUAAAUGUUAUAAAGAACAUAGUGGUUUCAUAUACCAUAAAAAGACACACAGAGGGGAGAAACCUUAUAAAUGUGCUGUAUGCAGUAAGUGUUUUGUAAUUAACAGUGUUCUGAUACGUCACCAAUCCAUUCAUACAGGGGCAAAACAAUAUAAAUGUACUGAAUGUAGUAAGUGUUUCACCCAACAGAGUCAACUUACAAGUCAUCAACGAGUUCACACAAGAGCUAGGCCAUAUAAAUGUUCUGAAUGCAGUAAGUGUUAUAGAGAAAAGAGUGGUCUUGUAUAUCAUCAAAUGAGUCAUAAAAGGGAGAAAGAAAGAAAUGAACACCAGCUUGGCUAACAGCAACCCCCCCCCCCCAAAAAAAAAAAAAAAAACAUAAUCCUCCUUAACAGGGAACUUGAAAAUCAUGCUAAAAUCUGUAGAACAAUAACUUGUCUUCUAACAAUAUAUACAUUGUAUACCAGAGCUAAUGCAGUCAGUUUAUAGUAACUAGUAACUUAACAGAAGCUAAGGCAAUAGAACAGAAAAGUAAUAGAAAAAAAAAUCAUAUGGAGCAAAAGGAUUAUUUAUCAUUAAACAACAUUAUAACUGACAGCUAGUCUAAAGAGACAAAGUUCACAGACAAAAGCAGGUUUUGUGAAACAGAGCUGGAAAUACAUACACAUCUCAUUGCUAGUUGCAAUAAACUCAUUCCUGAGUGUCUGUACUGAAAGGCACAAUAAUACAGCAUAACUGAUUCACUGUGGAUUGUGCAAACACUGCAAUAUAACAGCAGCUCAGAAGCAUUGAAAACAUGAACUACAAAGUAUUAUAGAGAACGAAGAAGUUAUAAUAUGUGGGAUCACCCAUUACCAGCAGAUAAGAAAACAGAUGAAAAAAAAAAAAAACAGAUGUAGUAGUCCAAGGAAAAAAAGACAAAAGUAAAUUUAAUCUCUGAAGUUGCUGCAUCUAUUUAUUAUAAUGUGCUGAGAGACAUAAAGUGUAAAACAAAAUUAGAGCAGUAGAAACAAGCGAUCUAAUUAUAAUAAAGAAUUCUGCCGCACAUCACUCCAUAUGAAAUGCAAAAGGAGACCAUUCUGGGUACAACAGAUGUUGGGAGGAGCACUCUUAGCUAUUAUCAAAGACUGAAGCAGAACUAAUUUCAUUGCACCCUGAUUUUGGAAUUGGGGCCAUUCCUGUCAUGGUAUUAGAAACUCAAAAUAUUUGGAGAAAUGAAAAAGGGGGUAACCAUAUAAAUGCGCAGAAUGCAGUAAGUAUUUUACAGAAAGAGUAAUAAUGAAACUGUGUGCAGAGGUAGUUCAAGCCACAAGUGGAAGGGUGGCCUAAUGGUUAAGGUGUUUGCCUUACAAACACAAGGUGCAGGGUUUGAGUCUCACAAGGGAUAAU